AUGCAGGUUCUGGUGGGCACCGGGACAGUGCAGGAUGCGGUGAUGGAAACGGCGCUGCUGACGAUCCUCUCGCUGAGGUUUUUCCAACGAAGAUCGCACCGUUGGUUUCAGAGCGGCUCGAAAGCCAACUCGGGCAGAGCAGAGAGAACAGGGCAACCGAUGACUGUCUGGAUCAGCUCCUUCCAUGCGCUGCUGGUGCUGCCCUAUAUGUUUUACGUGGGCUUGUUCUUUGUCAACGUGCUGAUCCUCUACUAUGCCUUCCUGAUGGAGUACAUCGUUCUCAAUGUAGGCAUCGUCUUCCUGCCCGAGGAUAUGGACCAGGCUCUGGUGGAUCUGGGGGUGCUGUCCGACCCUGGCUCCGUGCUCUACGAGACGGACAGCGAGCUGGAUGUCUUUGAUGGGUACUUGGAGUGA